UUUAUAAAUAAUUUUCCCACGAACUCGCACAUUUAGGAACGUGCCGUUUGCUGAUCAAGAUCACCAGUUUUUCCGGUGCGUUCGCGACGAAAAUAAGAUAAAAGAAACAAACACCACCUCCAACGAAUUGGCAUACAUUUAGUGCCAAGCAAAAUGUCGGGCGAUGUGCAGCCGCGAAAGCGAAAGGAUAAACGCAGAAAACGCGAUGAUCGGAAGUCCGAUGGCGAUGUGACUGUUCUGCGCCAGUCCAGCUUUCAAGAUGACGAUGAAUCGUCACACGGCGUUCACAUUACAAAGAUGGGAAACGAAGAUGUACACCUGCAUGUGCAGCACGACCACGGAACUGGCGGUCACUGGUGUGCCAAGAUCAUAUUCUUUUCCUUGAUGGCCGUGCUCCUGGGACUGGUGGGUCUGAUCAUCAUGGAGAACCGCGGCCUGGAGGAUCUGGACACACCUUUGUCCGAAUCACGUUUCUCAAACUAUUUUGAUGGCUGGGUGGAUGAACAUCGCGUGGAGCAUGACGGGCACGAUGUACAUGAACCUUCCGGAGAGGCACUGGAUGAUCAUGAUGAUCACGACGACCACGAUGAUCAUGAAGAGGAAGAAGAACCUCUUUCUGAAGAAUUAGAAGAGCAGGAGGAGGAGCACGCCGAGCACGAUGAUGAGGACGAGGAAGCCGACGAGCAUGAGCAGGAAGAAGAAGAAGAGGAAGAUGAAGAAGAGAACAAUGCUGGCGAAAAUAUAACUGCCGAGGAUGCCGAGGACGACGAAGAGGAGGAAGACAUCGAAGAACGCACUGUUGAGGCCACUGUCGAAGCCACCACGGAAGCCACUGCCGAAUAUGAAGCUGACGAGGAUGAGGAGGAAGAGGAGGAGGCCGACGACAAUGUUGUAGAGUCCACAGAAGCCCCUCAGUCAGCAGCAGAUGAGGAAGAGGAGGACCAGGAAGGACCUCCUUCAGUAGCUGAUGAAGAAGAAGAGGAUGAGGAAGAGCAGGAGGUGGAAGACUCCGUAGAACCGCCAAGAUCCCAAUCCCAGGCAACUCAGAGUGCACCCACAGAUGACAACGAUGAUGAUGAUGAGCAAGACAAUAAGGAUGAUGACGACGAUGAUGACUUUGAGUCUCUCGAUCAGCAAUUUGAGAACGAGGAUCACGAGGAGCCUGCAAAAAAGCUAGACAGCCAGGAGGAUCAGGAACAAGAUCAAGGCGAUGAAGAGGAGCCCAAAGAAGAGGGCUCCUCUUGGUUGGCAUCACUUGCCGUUAAAUUUGGCGUUGGCGUUGCACUUGCCUUAGUUUCACGCCUUGUAUUGAUACGGAAAAGUCCAAAUACAAUCAUCACAGCUUUGUUUAACUUAUUCCACCAAUAUGAUGAGCCCGCACCGGAAGCUGUGAUGCGACGGAGAUUGACCAUUGCCACGGCCGAGGAUCAGAUACCGGACGAUGUGGAGGAGCUGCCCCUGCUUGACGAUGAAUACUCCGAGGAGGAAAUCGAAAUCGAAGAGGAGAUCGAAGUGGAAAUCAGCGACAUCGAAGAGGAGGAGGAUGCCCUUCACGACAGCGACGAUAAUGUGGCAUCCAUGGCCAGUUAUGUUCCCGAAACGUUUGAGCAGCUGAGCGCCCUGUACAAGUACGCCCAGGAGCCAGCAAAGGAAACUAAAGUAGAGGCGAAGGAAAAGGAUAAAGAGAAAGAGAAGGAGAAGGAAAAGGAGCCGGAACCACAGGCCGGUCCCAGUGAUAUCUAUGUGGAAUACGAGGACGGAGCUUUCGACGAAUAUGACGACGAGGAAAUCACCGAUGAGGAGGACGAGAUCUCAGAUGUGGAUGACACCGAUCUGAUGAGCCGACUGGAGGCCAAGUACGGCCGACUGCCGUCCAAGGAGUACGAAAGUGAUCCCGACUCCGAUGACCCCAGCUGGACACAAAUCAAACCCAAAGAAACACCCACCGCUGCUCCGGCUGCAGAGAAAGAGGAUCCUUUCGAGCAGGAGCUGCGCAAAGCCAAUGAAGAGAUGAUCCGGGAGAACUAUGCCCAAGCCCUGCGUUCCUUUAACACGCUCACACAACACUAUGCCCACGAGCCUCUGGCCCAUCUGGGCAGAGCCCGAGUCCUGGAGAUAUUGGCCAAGGCGGAGCGGAGCAAUCAGCGCGUUUUGGAGGCCAUUGAAGCAUACAAGAGAUAUCUUGCCUUUGGUGAGCUAGUAAUCAGCGAUCAGGAGUUUAUAGCUGCCGGGAAUAAGUGCAUCGAGCAUUUGCGGUUUAUGGGUUACUUGCAGCAGGCAGUGAACAUUCACGAGCUACUCAUCGAACGCCUGCCCAGAGAUCCAAAGAUGCGCAAUCAACUCUCGUUCACCCAACUCAUGGCCAAUAACCUUCGGCAGGUGGAAAAGGUAGCAGCCGAAACUCUGCAGCUUUGGCCAGGUGAUGCCGUAGCUCAACUCCACUACGGACUGGCGCUAAUGAAUCUUCACAGCGACUAUGCCCGGGCCCAGCCUUAUCUCAAAUAUGCCGUGGAGUCCCAGACCGAGGGCACCCAGGAGGCAUACUUCUAUCUCUCGUUGGGUGAGAGCCUGCAGCGUCUGUCCCGGCAAUCGGAAGCUCUCGAAGUGUAUGGAAAGGGAGUGGCCAAGGGAUUCUUUGCCAGUCUUUAUCAAAGAUCGCUGUACAACGAGCCCAGGCUGAGGGCUCAACCCUUUUGGCAGCCACGGGAGACGGGCUACGAACAGCAGCUGGAGAGACUGCAGCUCAACUGGCGCUCCAUUCGGGAUGAGGCUCUGGCGCUGCUGGGCAGAAGUGGAAAUUACUUUGCCGAUGAAGCGGAGAGACUGCGCGACAAGGGCGUCUGGCAGCAGUACGAGUUGUACGCCCAGGGUCGUCAGGUGAAGGACAACUGCCUUAGAGCUCCAAUUACCUGCAACCUGGUGCAGAAGUUUCCUGCCUCUGCAGGCUGUCGACGGGGUCAGGUGAAGUUCAGUGUGAUGCAGGCCCAGACGCAUGUGUGGCCACAUUGCGGACCCACCAAUUGCCGCCUACGGGCACACCUCACGCUGGUGGCUCCCGAGCCGGAGAAAACCUCUUUGCGAGUGGCCGAGCAAGAAAGAACCUGGCGUGAGGGCGAGCUGUUCAUCUUUGACGAUAGCUUUGAGCAUGAGGUGUGGCACAAUGGAAGUCAGGCCCGUCUAGUACUUAUACUGGACAUGUGGCAUCCGGACUUGACUGCCGCCCAGCGUGGCAGCUUGUCACCCAUCUGAUGUCGCCAUUAGUUAGCUCUGUAAAACGGUUUCGGUUCCUAGGCCUGUAAUUUAAAUCAAUUUCCCCUCAUCGUAUCGUUCAUUGUUGGUCGAUUCUCGACAUGAAGUUAUAUUUAUAUAGAUGUUUAAAUAUGUAAUUGCACCUCUCUUAAUUGUUAAGUUCGGUUUGAAUGCGUGUUUAGGCUAAAUAGACGUCACCUCUCUCUCUUUGUGUA